ACAUGUUAUUCCUUGUAACAUCACAAAGCCCAGAGCAGAUAAGAUCACAAUACACGGAAAACACUACACGAGAGGGAGAGAGACAGACCCGUUGGUGUGGCAAUGGCUUCUACCGCAACGAGUCUGUCAUGGAGUUCGUCUUCAUGGCUUCACACUCGUAGUAGCUUAACCAAGAGCAUGAAUGAAACCACCAGAUUCUCGGACAAAGACUCGGUGUUAGCGAUAGUGGCCCAAAAGAAAGCCAAGAAAACCCGAAAGAUAAUACUGAAGGAGGAUGUGGCGUACUUGGGAAAGAAAGGGCAACUUCUGGACGUGAAAGCUGGCUAUUACAGGAAUUUUUUGUCGCCUAUGGGCAAAGCCCAGAUCGUCACUCCCCUUCUUAUCAAGGAAAUGAAGAUUGAAGAGGAGAGAAUUGAGGCGGAGAAAAAAAGGGUAAAAGAAGAGGCGCAGCAACUUGCUCUUAUUUUUGAAACUGUUGGAGCUUUCAAGGUGAAGCGCAAGGGUGGGAAAGGAAAACAGAUCUUCGGAACUGUUACUGCUCAAGAUCUAGUUGACAUAAUCAAGGCACAGCUUCAGAGGGACGUGGACAAAAGAAUUGUUUCUCUUCCUGAGAUUCGUGAAACAGGAGAAUAUGUUGCUGAAUUGAAGCUUCAUCCUGAAGUUAGUGCUCGAGUAAGGUUAACCGUAUUUGCAAACUAAAGACCGGCACCUUUUGGAGCCCUGCUCACCAAAGUUAAAAUUUGUAUAUGCGGUGUUCUUCAGUCAAGGUAUGUAUUUUGAUCAUCGAUUCUGAGGGGGAGAAAAAGUGUUUGUGAUUAUAUUGAAAGCCUAACUGAUAUCGGGAGCCACCCAGAGUUUCCCAAUGGUUAAACAGUUUAGCUUGGGAGUUCUUAGUUAACAUCAUUAAUCCAAGUUCUUUGCUAGAUGGCAUCUAAUUUGAACCUCUUUUACCUGUUCUGUUUUGUUUUGUUUUUUUUUUCCUUCAUAUUGAGUUGUGAUCUCCCAACAUUAAGCUGUGGGACAAAAUGCUUAACUACCAUGGAAUGGUUGGAGAUAACAUGUUUAGGAGCUUUUUGUCUCUAAUGUUCACGAUGUACUAUGGAGAUCAAUGUUGGAUUCAACCAAUGGCUUUCAAUUGUUCCUGGAAAAUCAAUGUUUAGGAGCUUUUUUUUUCGUUUUUAUUGUUCCGUAAAUAUCAAUUUUGAUUUAGGUUGCCUCUUCUGGGCGUAAUUAUUCAAUACAAUGUCGAUACCAUUUUGU